AUGGCGCCCCUGAUCCCUCGCUUGCAUCUCUUUGAAAUUGAUGACCAGUCAUGGUUCCCUACAUUCCUGCGCCGCCGCAUCCAAGACGGUCUCACCCUUGCAUGGAACUCCAACACGCCUCUCCAGCCUCAAUCGCCCGCCCACAUCGCCGCAUCCACGCUCAUAGCUGAACUAGGCAGUUCUCUAUCUUCUUAUACGUUCAUCGAUUUCUGCGCCGGCGCGGGAGGACCUACACCUGCCAUCCAGCGAGCCGUCAACGGCCAUCUCUACGCUCAGGGCAAGCGGACAGUCGACUGUGUCUUGACUGAUUUGCACCCCAAUCUCGACGCGUGGGAGGACAUUUUCAGGAACAAUCCGCAGAUCACGUUUGAGAGGCAGUCCGUGGAUGCGAGCAAUGCCCCGAGACGCCUUGUACAGCGCAAGGACGGCAAAAAAGUGAUGCGACUGUUUAACCUGUCUUUCCAUCACUUUGAUGAUGCCCUGGCGAAAGAUAUCCUCAAGGACACGGUCAACACGAGCCAUGAAUUCGCCAUCUUUGAACUACAGGAUCGUAGCCUCGCAAAUGUAAUCACGGUCCUGAUGCUGGGAGUUGCGGCCAUUGCCAUGGCGCCCCUGCUGGCCUGGAAGUGGAGGAGUCCCGCCACGUUUGUGUUUUCUUGGAUCAUACCGGUGCUUCCCUUUGUGCUUGUAUUCGACGGGCUGGUGUCUUGUCUGCGGACGCGGACGCCGGGAGAAGUAGAGGCUUUGCUGCGUGGCUGCGGUGCGGACACGAGCUUGUGGGAGAUGCGAAGCGGAAGAAGCAAGUUCAUCUGGCCCUGCGGAUAUCUGCAUUGGGUCGUCUGUAGACCCGUUGAAUGA